AGUCGAUCGACUGAAAGUCUCAUUCGCAUCGGAUCACUCCAAAAACUUAUACCAUGUAUAGCCCAAUUUUCAUUGCACUGUGCCUCCUGGCAUUUGUCGUCCUAACUGAAGCCCAAGUCACAAGACCCCUUUGCCCGUGCCCAAGAAUCUACUUUCCUGUCUGCGGAUCGGACCACGUCACCUACACCAACUCAUGCGAACUUAAAUGCGCAGCGCAAAUUAAAUUGAUUUAUGUGGUCAAGGCCGGAAGGUGCUAGUAUCAGAUAUACAAAUAAUAAAUAUAGAUAAAAAAACAUCACACAAGUAGUAGCAUUUGAUAACAAAUAAAUAUAAAUAAAUAUAUUAAAAAUAAUCUAAAAAUUAAAUAUAAAAUAUGAAAUACAAUAAAAAUAAAUAUUAACUGUAGUGAAAC